AGGAUCUCCAACCGUUAGGUUCGGCUUUAGUGGUCAUCUCCUGCUCUAAGCCGGCCAAAAAUGAGGAAGCUGUUGGUUCUCACGGCCUUGGGCCUAUGUAAGUGACCAUUUUCUUCCUUUGGAAAUGUGUUCUUAAAAAAUAUUGCUUCUAGGAUUUGUUGCACACAAGGGAUACUAUUAUUUACGGUAUUUUAUAAAUUGAUGUUGCAGAUUUUCAAUGUGGCAGAUGUUGUUGAGAUUUAUAUUUCUGAAAGGAGAGUUAGUUGGGUUUUUUGUUUUUGUUUUUUUUUUUAAAUAGAUUCUAAGAGAAACAGCUAAUUUUGUUUGUCUUUGUAAAACAGAAGACAUGUGCAUUCCGGGAACAUCACCAAGAUUAAAUUAACAAAAUGUUUUAAAAGUUAUGUACUUUUCUAACGUAAAAAAUAAAUGUUACUAUAUUUUUUGAUGGCACGAUAAUUGUAUUGACACUUAAAUCAAAAGAUCUAAAUGGCUGACUCCAUAGAAUACAAAUGUUUGAGCGUCGAAUUGGUCGGUUUCAGGUAGAGACUAAGAUCCAAGGCAUAAUAAAUUAAUUGUUUUCGUGAAUGCCGACCUGUUAACCGUCUUCGCCCCAAAUGUUACUCGCAAGCUAACUACCAAGCGAUGAUAGGAUUCAAAAUUAAUACGGUUUCUAGUUAUAGUUCAUUAAUAAUAAUAAUAAUAAUAAUAAAGUUUUUUUCAAAAACACGCUUCAUCCCCAAAAGCUCGAAGCGCGGUACAAAGUCAACAAAAAACAAAUCUAUAAUUUACCACAUUUAAAACAAACGCAACACUACAAAAACUAAUUACAAGCAUACAAUGGCAAAGUCUUUCUUGCCAUUUGAACCCUAAGCAACACAGCCUAUUAUGCAUUAACUGGAAAAUAAGGUAGACAAUCAUCCCAGAAGGUGUUUGCGAAAUAGAUGUGUCUUUAAAUCGGUCUCAAAGGACUCCAGUGUCUGGUUGUUUCUGAGAUCGACAGGAAGGGGGUUCCAAAUUGUUGGACCAGCAAUAGCAUUGAGUCCAAAGUUCAUUUGUAAGUAAGUGCACCGUCAUGCAGACGGCUCUUCAAAUGUGGAUAUAAAAGAGUGCAUGAAAUUUAUAUAUUGCAAGUGUAGUUGAUUGGCCGCAAGCAAAAUUGUUUUUUUUUUAAGUCGAGAUCUUUAAAGAUUUAGAUAUGGAUCCUUUUAAAAGGGUAAAGAACACAUUUAUUGUAUUAAAUGUUAGUUUGUUUUGUUUUUUUUGUUUUUUUUUGUGUUUUUUUUUAUCCGACUGUUUUUUUCCAUUUGGGAUUUUCAGCAGAAUUUUUUUUAUCUUUUUUAUUUUGAUGAACUUGGAGUUAAUUUAAACAACCCCUAAAAAUUAAGUAAUAAUACUUUAUAUGUAAGUUUGUUUGCAUUUAUGUAAUUGUUAGCUAUUUAUCAUUUAUGUGAUUGUAGCAACUGAUUUUUUUUUGGUAAAGGCAUGGUUUUGUUCAAGCUUAGGGCAUGUAAAACAUAAUAGGCUAAAUAUAUAUUUAAGCCAGAAUACGUCACAAAUACAAAGAACAUAGCAACAGCUACACAAUUAAUCUACACACCAAAAGCCGCAUCCAUUGAACAAAGCAUAUUUCAUUCAUCUUCCACUUUUAAAAAAAAAGGGAAAAACUGAUUUCUGGGGGUUGGGAGUGGGGACUUGAGCUGAGUAUUUAAAUGAAUGUGUUGUCAUCAGCCACGAGUCUAUGUGUCAAGUUUAAUCUCGAUAAGGUGACGAGAAGUGGGUCAAUUAGCCUUCUAACAUUUUGCCACAAAUCCAGAAAGAAACUUAAUAUGAAUGAUUUAAGAAGCAAAUAUUUCAGAUACAUCUCUUACUUUUCAAAUAAAAUAUUACUACGUAUAAAUGAGAAGACAAAAUAAUUAAUCACAAAACAUAUUUUCCAGGUCUCUUUGUAGCGGCUGGUCAACAACUUGAGAGGGCGAAGCGUGGCGCGUCCCCUGGUGACAAAUCGUCUGGUUCAAAGGGCCAGAAAGGUGGCUCUGGAUACGACGGAGGUGAUUAUGGUGGCUCCAGAAGCGGCAGCUAUGGUGGCAGCGAUGAUGGUAGCAAAGGCGGAAGCUAUGGUGGCAGCAGUGGUGGCAGCAAAGGCGGGAGCUAUGGUGGCAGCAGUGGUGGCAGCAAAGGCGGAAGCUAUGGUGGCAGCACCAGCGGCAGCAAAGGUGGAAGCUAUGGUGGCAGCACCAGCGGCAGCAAAGGGCAAGGCGGCGAUUUCAUUGACUACUCCUUCAAUGGCAAAGGUCAAGGACAGACCAGCAACGGAGGAGGGGGUUCUUCCGGCAAGGGUAGUGGUGGUUACCAAGAUAGCCAGGGGGGCAAUGGUGGAACUUCUUCCUAUAGCAGCAAAGGUGGUAAUGGCCCUAAGGGAACAAGUCAAGAUUACAACGGGGACCAAGAUUAUGGCCGGAGUGGCAGUGGAAACUACAAAGGUCAGAGUGGUAGUGGUGGAUCUUCAAAGGGUUACGGCGGUUCCUCAAAGGGUUCUCAGAGUGUCGGCUCCAGACAGGGGAGUGGCAGCCAGGGUCAAGGCCAGACCUUCCACAAACUUCUAGGUGGUGGAGAUCAAAAUAAAGGUCAGGGACAAGAUUACACCCAGACCCAGGAUUAUGGUCGCAGUGGCAGUGGAAGCAACAAAGGUCAGAGUGGAAACCGUGGAUCCUUCCAAGGUUACGACGGCAGCACUAAUGGUGGCCAAAACAAAGGUCAAAGUGGGGGCUCCAGACAAGGAGGCAACCAGGGUCAAGCCCAAACUUUCCACAAACAACUGAGUGGUAGUGGCCAAAAUCAAGGCCAGGGUCAAGCUGUACACAAGUCUCUGGGCGGCUCUAGACAAGGGCGUGGUGACGAAGGUGAAGAUGAGGAUGACGCUGGACGAGAUCGUAGAAGUAUGGGCUCAUCAAGCAAAGGGGGCUACAAGUCUGGUGGAGGCUAUGGCUAUAAGGGUGGCUACAAAUCAGGUGGUGGCAAAGGAAGUGGAUCAUGGACGAGUGGAGGAGGUCAUGGUGGUGGUGGCAGUAGAAGUGGUUCUGGAAUGAGUGGAGGCGGUCACGGAGGUGGACACGGUGAUGGAUACGGAGGUGGUGGCAGUAGAAGUGGUUCUGGAAUGAGUGGAGGCGGUCACGGAGGUGGACACGGUGGUGGAUACGGAGGUGGUGGCAGUAGAGGAGGUUCUGGAAUAAGUGGAGGCGGUUACGGAGGUGGACACGGUGGUGGAUACGGAGGUGGUGGCAGUAGAGGAGGUUCUGGAAUGAGUGGAGGCGGUCACGGAGGGGGUGGCGGUAGAAGUGGUUCAGGAAUGAGUGGGGGUGGUCACGGAGGUGGUGGCAGUAGAAGUGGUUGUGGAGGUAGUGGAGGUGGUGACGGAGGUGGAGUGGAGGGGGGGGUGGAGGUGGGGGCGGAGGUGGGUGCGGUGGUGGAGGUGGAGGGGGUGGUGGUGGGGGUGGUGGUGGAAUGGGUGGAGGUGGUGACGGAGGUGGAUACGGAGGUGGUGGCAGUAGAAGUGGUUCUGGAAUGAGUGGAGGUGGACACGGAGGUGGAUACGGAGGUGGUGGCAGUAGAAGUGGUUCCGGAAUGAGUGGAGGCGGUCACGGAGGUGGAUACGGAGGUGGUGGCAGUAGAAGUGGUUCCGGAAUGAGUGGAGGCGGUCACGGAGGUGGAUACGGAGGUGGUGGCAGUAGAGGAGGUUCUGGAAUGAGUGGAGGUGGUCACGGAAGUGGUUCCAGCAGAAGUGGCUCAUUGAUGAGUGGGGGUAGUUCUUGGUCAAGCAAAGGUGGAAGCAGCAGAAGUGGGGGUGGAUACGGAGGAUAUUAUGGAUCUAACAAAGGCACCGGUAGUUACAGCGGCUCUCAAGGAAGUAAAAGUGGAAAUUAUGGCAUGAGCGGUGGAAGCUACGGUGGCGGAAGUGGUAAAUCAAUGCGAACGGGAGGAGGCCACAGCGGUAGUGGAGGAAGCUGGAGCAGUGGCAGUGGAAGCUGGAGCAGUGGCGGCGGAAGCUGGAGCAGUGGCGGCGGAAGAAUGGGAGGAGGUGUGAGUGGAGGUGGUGGAGGGAGAAUGGGAGGCGGACACGGAGGUAAAGGAAGUGGUGGAUAUUUUUCAAAAGGAGGGAGUGGUCAGGGCGGUGGCAUGCAUGGCAAAAUGCAUCAUGGUUAAAAAAAAACAAAAAAAAAACUCAGACAUUGAAUUAGGGAUUUGAACUGGUCUUUGCAUGCAUGUGUGAAUCAAGGGAGGACGAGUCAUGUUCGCCUACCCACAGUGCGAACACUGUACCGUCUCAGCCUGUUGAUGUCUGACUGAGUAUUAUCAGAGUUUUAACAGUGAGGCGUAUUUUGAAUGAGGUGUGUUAAUAAAAAAAAAUUAUGUUCUCAUUAUAAAUU